AUGGAGAAUGCACAAGUAAAUUUGGAAGAUCGCCUUCGAAAACUCGAUGAUGUAGAAAAUAAAGUGAUGCUUAUAAUGCAGCAUGCAGGGCACGCUCUUGAAGAGCUUGCGAAGGAUAAGCCAAUAGCGAAACAGGCGGACGCCCAUAUACACAGCUUCCGAAAUGUGGUUCGAGAAGUUGAAACCGAAUUGAACUCCCAUCUUAAUUACUUGAGUCGAAUAUCGGCUGGUCUUCCUUUUGAGGGGAAUGUUUACCGUGAAACCGUUGAACUCACUCUGUCCGCCGAACGGCUGAAAAUAGCUCAGAGGAUUUUGAUGGAUAUUCUGUAA